UCUCUCGUAGGAUAUGUUCCUGGUCCAUCAGCGUUCCUAUAGGGAGGAGUAUUCUGCUGGAAUUCUUGGAAUUCGACAUGGAGAAUGACACCCUCUGUCACAGUGACCAACUCACGGUAUCUGUGGGUGCAGACUCAGGGAGGCCUAUUGGGAGGUUCUGUGGCAGCGCCCCCCCGCCCCCAGUGCUCAUCGACUCCCACAGUGCUUCUCUCCAAUUUGUGUCUGAUGUCAGUGGAACAGGAAGCGGAUUUGUUGUUAGAUUCCGAGGUGUCGAGGGAAAUUCUGUGCCUGCGUCGGGAUGUGGCACCGUGGCUCUGGUCCAGGAUCAGAGGGCCGUACACAGUCUCAACUACCCACAAUCCUACAGCAACGACUCUGUCUGCCACUGGGUCAUCUACGCCCCCAAGGGUCACAUUGUCAAGCUUGACUUUGAUGACUUUGACCUGGAGCAAUCGGAUGACUGCGAGUAUGAUUCACUGACUGUUCUUGGAGAUGUGGAUACAAAAGAGGAGAUAGCGGUGCUGUGUGGUAGGAAUGUGCCUCCCCCCGUCCUGAGCUAUGACAACGUGAUGGUCCUCCAGUUCACCUCUGAUAGCACGGUCACCUACCGAGGCUUCCACGCCACCGUGUCAUUCAUCAGUAAGAUCGACCUGCUGGACGGGGAGUCAGAGGAUGACACUGUUCACUUUCGCCACUCACUGUCAGACUCGUGUGGAAUGCGUCAUGUCCGUGCUGCCUCGACCUCCAGUGAGUCUUUGGAAGGAGAGGGGACAUCGCGACACGCCUGGCCCUGGGACGUUCGGCUCAGCAUGAACACUAACAACAUCUGCUAUGGGGCCAUCAUCCAGCCUGCCUGGGUCCUCACUGCUGCACACUGCCUUCUAGGCCUGGAGGAGGACCAAUCAUUAAGGUCACUGUUGGUGGAGACGGGAGGCCCGAAUAACCAGAGGCGUGGUGUGAGGAGGCUAGUGCUGCACCCUCAGUAUGACCCCUCCUCCCAGGACUAUGAUGUGGCCCUGAUACAGCUGGACUCCCCGCUGCUCAUCACUGAGCAUGCCUUGUCCGUCUGUCUGCCCUGCUCGGGACCGGAAGUUCCACACUCCCAGGUCUGCAUGCUUUCAUCGUGGGAGAGUCAGACAGGUGGACCAUGGAACAGCACUGUUGAGCCGCUAGAGGUGCCACUUGUGAGUCAUGCUGACUGUGAGCGUUAUAACACUGGUAGACUGACCCCUAGAAUGCUGUGUGCUGGGCCGCCACAGCAUCGUGGACAGGACACGUGCACGGGUCCAGGUGAUUCUGGGGGAGCACUGGUGUGUCAGAGAGAGGACUCUGGUUACUUUGUCCUGGGAGUGAGCAGCCGAAAGGAAGGCUGUGGGAAGUUCCAGAGGCCAGGAGUCUACACCUCAGUCCCCAUGAUAACAGACUGGAUCCACGAACAACUCCACGAAGAUUCAGCUGACUCCUCUAGAACCCUGCUAUACCAGAAGCAGCAGGAGGAGCUGGCCUCCAGCAUAGAUUAUGAUGAUAAUAACUAUGGAGCGGAGUCAUCUGGAGAAUCCUGUUAGCCUUGACCCACCUAGCUUGAGGCUGGAGGACCAUGUGGUAUUCUAACGGAGUCAAGCUGCUUUUUGUUGCUUGCAUAUACCGCUCAGAAAUGAAGCAGACACAGCGGUUCUAACAGAGACAUGAUUUGAAAAAGGAACAUCCAAUCAGCACAAAUUCCAUGGAUUUGUGGGAAGGGCUAUGGAACAAUUGUAUUGUCACUCUCUCUAUUCACACGCACGCACGCACAUUUCUCUCUCUCUCUCUCUCUCUCUCUCGCACGCACGCACGCACGCACGCACGCACGCACACACUUUCUUUGUAAACCAGUGUUCAACCACUGAGUGAUCUGACACUGGAGUGAUAAUAUUAAAUUAUAGCGUCAUCAACAUGCUUGGAGAUAUUUUAAUUAAUUAGACAGUGUGCACAUGCACACACACACAAACCUUUUCCAGUGCUAAACCGGUGCUCAACCCCUGAGUGAUCAGACACUGAAGUGAUAUUGGUUCAUCUGGUUCACUCAGCUGUGCUUUGUCAUGGCUCCGCCAUAGUGAGUUCCUCUCUCCUAUUGGUCCGUCAGCCCUCCAUUAACUCCCCUUCCUCUAGGUAGCCUUGGUGCAAAGGCCUGACUCCAGGGCCUGGCUCCGUAUGUUUGACACCCCUGUAACGAAAUCAUCUUUGGUUACAGCUCAACAGGAGUUGUUUUCAAGGCUACGAUGCUGAAGUCGACUGAAAGAAAAUCUCCAAAGUCACCUAGGGGUGGCCUAGCAGUUAAGAGCGUUGGUCCAGUACCUGAAAGGUCAUUGGUUUGAAUCCCUGAGACAAAUAGGUGAAAAUGUGCCCUGAACCCUAGUUGCUCUGGAUAAGUGUUUCUGCUAAAUGAUGUACAUGUCUAGGGGAAGUAUGCUUUGUCAUUCGAAAUACAGGUAACUUCCUGACAUCAAUAGUCAGAUAAGUGGAAAGAUGGCAUGGAGAAUAUUACCUGAUGAGGCCAGCUUAUGCAAUUCUGCCUUUGAGGGUUGUUCACAAACAGAUAGAUGAUACAGUAUCUACUUGACAGAAAGGACUAACAGAAUCAAACAUAUGAAACCUGAGGGGUAUACUACAAUGCAGGAUCAAGGAGUUAGCCAGCUAACUUGCCUAAGUAUUCUGAUAUAACUUUAAUAUUUUUUGAAAAGAUGAGCUUGAAAUGGGCAUCGUCAAAUUGAUUUAAUAUCAAUGUUUUGCUUUUUUUUUAUUAACCAUAAAAGCAAUAGUUAUUUCUGGUUACUUAUCAAAGUUAGCUGGCUAACUGAUGGAUCAUACCUUGCAGUAUACCCCUCUGAUCUCCACCCCAGACGUAAAGUCUUUCCGCCUUACAUCCAGGUUCAUGUAGAGACCAUGUCUAGUUGUUACGAUAUUUUUUUUAUUUUUUUUAUUUCACCUUUAUUUAACCAGGUAGGCAAAUUGAGAACACGUUCUCAUUUACAAUUGCGACCUGGCCAAGAUAAAGCAAAGCAGUUCGACACAUACAACAACACAUAGUUACACAUGGAGUAAAACAAACAUACAGUCAAUAAUACAGUGAAAAUAAGUCUAUAUACAAUAUGAGCAAGUGAGGUGAGAUAAGGGAGGUGAAGGCAAACAAAAUAUAUAUAUAAAUAAAAUAAAAAAAUAUAUAUUAAAAAGGCCAUGGUGGCGAAGUAAAUACAAUAUAGCAAGUAAAAAAAAUAACACUGGAAUGGUUGGUUUGCAGUGGAAGAAGGUGCAAAGUAGAGAUAGAAAUAAUGGGGUGCAAAGGAGCAAAAUAAAUAAAUACAGUAGGUAAAGAGGUAGUUGUUUGGGCUAAAUUAUAGAUGGGCUAUGUACAGGUGCAGUAAUCUAUGAGCUGCUCUGACAGCUAUAUUACUAAAGGUUACAGGAAGUGUCGAUUGCUGAAAGUACACAAACUCUAUCAAUACCAAAAACACAUGGACGUACUGGAUACAGCUGGCAUGCAGGUCCUCAGGAGGAAAUGAAAACUUCAGUCUUCUCCAGAUAAUGUGGCACCACCUGCUGGUAGGAACAAGGUCACUGUCUGUUGGAUUCAAUGAAAUCAACCCGCAGAGGGAUAGAGGGAUUGGGCCAAAAGUAAUCUUCUAAAACUAUAAACAAAGAUGAAGAAAUCUCUUCAGAGCUUGUGCCUGUUCAACAGUUGUCUGACCAAUGCUUCAACUUCUAAACAAUGAAACAACAAUCAAAACCUACAUUAUUUUCAUAAAUACACUAAACAAAAAUAUAUACGAAACAUGUAAAGUGUUGGUCCCAUGUUUCAUGAGCAGAAAUAAAAGAUCCCAGAAAUGUUCCAUAUGCACAAAAAGCUUAUUUUUCUUAAAUGUUGCACACACAUGUAUUUACAUGUGUUCAUGAGUAUUUCUCCCUUGCCAAAGAUAAUUAAUCCACUUGACAGGUGUGGCAUAUCAAGAAGCUGAUUAAACAGCAUGAUCAUUACAAAUGUGCACCUUGUGCUGGGGACAAUAAAAGGCCACUCUAAAAUGUGCAGUUUUGUCACACAACACAAUGCCACAGAUGUCUCAAGUAUUUAAGGAGCUAGCAAUUGGCAUGAUGACUGCAGUAAUGUCUACCAGAGCUGUUGCCAGAUAAUUGAAUGUUAAUUUCUCUACCAUAAGCCGCCUUCAACGUCGUUUUAGAGAAUUUGGUAGUACGUCCAACCGGCCUCACAACCGCAGACCACAUGUAACCACGCCAGCCCUUCCACAUCUGUCUUCUUCACCUGCGGGAUCGUCUGAGACCAGCCACCCAGGCAGCUGAUGAAACUGUGGGUUUGCAUAACUGAAGAAUAUCUGCACAGUCUGUCAGAAACCGUCUAAGGGAUGCUCAUCUGCAUGCUUGUCGUCCUCACCAGGGUCUUGACCUGAUUGUAGUUCGGCAUUGUAACCAACUUCAGUGGGCAAAUGCUCACCUUCAAUGGCCACUGGCACGCUGGAGAAGUGUGUUCUUCUCGGAUUAAUCCCGGUUUCAACUGUACCGGGCAGAUGGAAGACAGCGUGUAUGGCGUCGUGUGUGGACGAGCAAUUUGCUGAUGUCAACAUUGCCCCAUGGUGGCGUUGGGGUUAUGAUAUGGGCAGGCAUAAGCUACAGACAAUGAACACAAAUGCAUUUUAUUGAUGGCAAUUUGAAUGCACAGAGAUACAGUGACGUGCCAUUCAUCCACUGUCAUGUCACCUAUUGAGCAUGUUUGGGAUGCUCUGGAUUGAAGUGUAUGACAGCGUGUUCCAGUUCCCGACAAUAUCCAGCAACUUCGUACAGCAAUUGAAGAGGAGCAGGACAGCAUUCCACAUUCCACAGGCUACAAUCAACACACCAGAUACUGACUGGUUUUCUGAUCCAGGCCCCUACCUUUUUUUAAGGUAUAUUUGACGAUCAGAUGCAUAUCUGUAUUGUCACGCCCUGACCUUAGAGAGCCUUUUUAUGUCUCUAUUUGGUUUGGUCAGGGUGUGAUUUGGGGUGGGCAUUCUAUGUUUUUGUUUUCUAUGAUUUUGUAUUUCUAUGUUUUGGCCGGGUAUGGUUCUCAAUCAGGGACAGCUGUCUAUCAUUGUCUCUGAUUGGGAACCAUACUUAGGUAUCCCUUUUCCCUCCUUUCAGUGUGGGAAGUUGUCUUUGUUUGUGGCACUUUAGCCUUAAGUUUCACGGUUGUUUUUGUAUUGUUUAUUGUUUUUGUCGGCGUCAUCUUAAAUAAAAAGGAAUAUGUACGCUCACCACGCUGCGCUUUGGUCUACUUCCUUUGACGGCCGUGACAUGUAUUCCCAGUCAUGUGAAAUUCAUAGAUUAGGGCCUGAAUUAAUUUAUUUCAAUUGACUGAUUUCAUGAAAACAAAUUGCUGCAUGUUGCAUUUUAUUUUUCUUCAGUGUAAAAACUUUAUAAGCCAUGCCAUUCUAAAAAGGUUUAUUCUUUAACUGUAAGAUUUAUGGGAAGAUUGUUCCAUUUAAUUAGAUCUGUUUUCAUGUUGUUGAGUAAUGGGAUAACGUUAUCUUUACUGUAUAUAUUUUUUGUUUGUUGUCACUUAUUAAGCCUCCUAAGUAUUUUUUUUGUAUUUUUUUGUGGUCCACUUAAAGAAUUGCUGUAAAUAAGAGUUAUUAUUUUUAUUUUUCCUAUUGCCAUUAUUUUAGUUUUUUCCACAUGUAUUUUAUAUCCUGAGAUUUUAGAGUAUUCUGAAAAUAUUUUUAACAAGGGGGGCAUUGAGUUUUCAAUAUUUGUCAGGUACAGUACAUCACGAGAUCGUCAGGCAAAUAAGUUUAGUUUAUACUCAUGUUUACCUAUACUUUGGGUCCUGUCUAAUUCGGCAAGCGGUUCAAUUGCUAGUGCAAACAGGAGGGGAGACAGAGGGCAUCCCUGUCUUGUGCUCCUUUCUAAAGCAAUUUAUUCAGAUACUGUAUUAUUUGUGUACAUAUUUGCAUUAGGAUAUUUAUAUAACAUUAUUAUGAAAUGUAUUAUUUCAACUGGAAAGUUGAAGGCUUACCAAAGUUUUUAAUAGAAAAGGUCAUUCAAGACAGUAGAAAGCCUUUUCAGCAUCCAACGCCAAUAUUGAUAAAUCUACAUCUUGUAUUUUAGCUUAUUGUAUCAUUGUAUCAUAUUGAAACAUGUUCUUGUAUUUUUUUUGUAAGUGUCUAUUUUAUUUUUAAUAACCCCUGUUUCAUUAAAAUGUCAAGUCUGGUAAGACUUUUGCUAUUCUGUUGCUUAUGAGUUUUGUUAUUAUUUGUUAUUUAUUUUUUAUUUUGUCACAAGUUAUUACAUUUAUGGGUCUGUAAUCUGCAGGGGACUCUCCAGAUUGUCCUGCUUCUAAUAUAAUAUAAUAUA